AACACACAAACCCUCAAUAAGAAAAAAGAAACUUCUAUCGCCGCUUUGGCUUCCUCCUCCUCCUCACUCUGACUCUCACACUCGAUACUCCAAAAUCUCUCAUACUGUUCCAUUGAUUCUUCCUCUGGUUUUUAUUUGUUCUUGUAAGAAUGGUUGCGAUACCCAAUAUUAAGAUAAAGUUUGGUCCUCAAGGUUCUGUCAGAACAUUCCAAACGUUGUCUGAUAGUUCGAAGAAAAUUGAGCAUGUAGUGACUGAAGAUUUAUCUCAAUCCUCGGAGAAAUCAAAGAAGCGUGGUGGGCCUAAAGAGCUAGAUGAAGUUCAACCUAAGAAGAAGCAGAGGCUGGAUUGUGAUUGGUCUAGUCAAUGUUUGGCAUUGUUACGUUUUUUGAUGGAGCACCGUGGUGGAUGGCUCUUUAAGGAGCCUGUUGAUCCUGUUAAAAUGGAGAUUCCUGAUUACUUCAAUGUCAUACAAAAGCCAAUGGAUUUAGGCACUGUCAAAUCGAAACUUUUGAAGAAUGUCUACAGUAAUGCUGAUGAGUUUGCAGCGGAUGUUCGGUUAACUUUUGCCAAUGCGAUGCAUUAUAAUCCUCUGUGGAAUGAGGUUCACACGAUUGCAAAGGAGAUUAAUGAGAUUUUUGAGGUUAGAUGGGAAUCACUCAUGAAGAAAAAGGUUUUGAGGUUAUCCUGGAAUGAAGUUAGAGAAGGUUAUAAGAGACAGCCAGUUGAACGUGAUUGUUCUAGACGGAGCAGCACUGGAACAUCAGCUUCCUCUGGGGUGGGAUUGACGAAACCAGCUAAAGAGAACUCCGAAAAGGGUUCUCUUUCGUCCAAGCCAGUGAAAGUGCAGAGCAAAAAGAAUACUCCUGCUGUGACGCCUAAAGCAUUAGCAACCUGUAAAUGUGGUAGGAUAAUUUGCAUAUGCCUCAAGUCCUGUAGCUCAUUUGGAAGUGACGUUUGUUCGUUAACGGAUUGUCAAUUAAAGAACAUUUCAGGUGCACAAGCGAGCGAGUUAGAUCCUCAAUCUAAUGGGUCUGACACUUCAAAGAAGGAGAGAAAUGGUAGUCUCAAGUCUCAGCUUGAUAAACCUUCAAACAGUGAUCUGUUGGGUAAUGAGUUGAAAACGGCUUUUCCUGCUCUGCCGCCGGUACCUCCUGAGAAAGCUCUUCGUGCUGCAAUACUCAAAGCUCAAUAUGCAGGAACCAUCAUAAAAGCUAAACACAGAAUAGUCCUUGGCCAGAAUAACAAAGCUGAUCUGAUUAGAAUACAGAUAGAAAAGGAACAGAUGGAAAGAGCACAACGUGAAGAGAAAGCUAGAAUUGAAGCCGAGAUGAGAGCUGCUAAGGUUGCUGAACGAAUGAGGGCACAAGACGAGUUGAAACAGAAACGUGAGAGUCAACGGCUUGAAAUAGCAAAGAUGAAAAAAGGCUUCGAUUUUGAACGGAACAACCACUCGAAAUUGAAGAAAAAAUUCGUUAAAGUCUGUGGCUGCUUUAGUCUGACAAAAGCUCGGUUGUUACUUGAAGAGUUGGGUCUGGUUUUGAAAAAUGAUUAUUGUCCGGAACUGGAAGUGAUCGGGUCAGAAAAAUUUGAUGCAAUGAGAAUGGACGAUCUUGAGGAAGGAGAGAUCCUUUAGAGUUUUCUCUAUAAGAAAACCUCUUGGAUGUAAUUUUUGACCAUAAGGAAUGCUUUGUAACCUUAACUUUGGUUUUUUUUUUUUUUUGUGAACAACAACCUUAACUUUGUUAAUAUAUGAAAAUGCUAUUAAAUUUAAAACUGACAUUUUCACUUGGAUAAUAUCACUAUUAAGAAUCAAAAAUUAAGAAUAUACUAAUGUUUUCUACAUAAUUAGUUUUC